AGUAAUAUAAACCUCAUAGUUUCGAAAGCGCAACAAGUGCUUCAUACUCUUAAAAUAAAUUUUAUAUUAUCUUUUUAAUAGUUUAAAUAUAUUCCUUUUUAAAUUUUAUUGAAAUAACAAUUGUGAAGUGCUUGUUUAGUGUUAUUAAUUGUUUAAAAAUCUUCAAAAUUGGACAUGUAUACGUGCUGUUUAAAAUACUUUACAAUUUACAAAAUCAUCUGAAAGAAGUUACAUCACAAAUUUCAAAUUCUGUAACGAAAGAAAACUUAGAUUGAAAUUCUUGCAUCAAACUAUACAGUGGAGCAUGAACAGGCAGAAUUUAAAGACUAUUAAAAUUAAGAAAAUUGCAAUUUUAUUAUGAAUUAUGAAGAGGAAGAAUCCGAGGAUCGCAAUUUUAAGUUUAAACUAUAGAAAGAAAGAUUGGAAAGCUACUUGACCUUUGAGAGUCAACUUUAACUGUAAAUUAUGAAAAGAAAAAGAUGUGAAGAUUUCCUUGUGUUUGGAAACUACUGUAUAAAUGAAGAGAAGAAUUUACAUCAUUUCAAAUCCAAGUUAUGAAGAUGAAGGAUGUGAAAACCACCUGAUUUUUUAUUAUAAAUUAGAUUCACUUGAUCUAUAAGAGAAUAGGUCUCAACCAUGCCGCACCCCUGUGUUGUCUGCGGUCGGUCGCGUAUGAAUCUAAACAAUCGUCAGGAAGAGUACAUGUUUUUUGGUUUUCCAGUGAAGGACGAGCCACGUUGUCGUCGUUGGCUCGAAUUCUGCGGACGUGAAGAUCUCUACAAACUCACGAAAAAACAACUUCUUCAGCGUAUGGUCUGCUCUAAACAUUUCCAGCCUCAAGACUUUCUUGCUGAUUAUUGGAAUCGCAUAUAUAUCACUGCAGUUCCAUCGGUCUACGAUCCCAAGCAGAGUUUGUACAAUAUAACGUGUGUUCUUUGUGGAAGAGCACGAAAAGAUCCACCUCCACCAGAUUACGAUGGCACAACUUUCCAUCAUUUUCCUGGAGAAGAGUUUCGUUGUCUCAAAUGGCUGGAUUUUGUUGGGAUAGACUCUUAUUACAGGUUAACGAGAAAGGAAAUCCUCUUUUGCUACAUUUGUUCCAAACAUUUUGAUCGCUCCCAGUUUGUUCCAGGAUUCAAGGGUAGAUUAGUAGACAACGCGAUUCCAAGUAUUCGUAAUCCAGAUGAAGUGGAUCAAUCGGAACAGUCUAUUAAUGAAUUGCAGACUGAGAGUCAGACAAGUCUCUUCGAUUUUACAGAAAAAUAUAAAAGACUGGAACCGCUGUCUACUGAAGUGCUGGAGAGCCAGGCUUGUGCAGCCUGUGGUCGAUUGAGGUCAGAUCCGAAGAACAAAAUUGAACAUUAUAAGUUUCACCCGUUUCCAGCGUAUGAAAUUGGUCGUUGUUUGCGCUGGUGUCAGUUCUUGGGCCGCGAGGAUUUGCUUAAAAUGUCCCCCAAUCAGAUACGCAAGCUUGUGCUGUGCUCCAAACAUUUUCAGACCGAUCAAAACUUUCAUAAGUUAAAUCCGUGCAACGCAGUUCCCACAAUCAGGGACAUAUCCGAACCUGAGACUGUUGCGGAGCAAAAUGAAGAUGAUCAAGAUCUCGGAGAGGAUAGUAAAGAUCCUUCCAAAGCCUUCAAACGCUUUUCCAGACCACUUGUAUCCAGCAAGAAACCCAAGAUUGAUAACAAGCCCACACCAUUGGCGAAGAAACGGGGGAAAUCUCGAAGACCAACUUCUAUUAAUAUCCCUAGACCUGAUUUUACUCAUUUGGAAAAUAGGGUGAUUAAGAAGCUGCCGCUUCCGCCUAACUGGAAGACUCAGUUGGGACAUCAAUUCCAGUCAGUUGCCGUCAAUAAUGUCGCCUCAAAUGUUACAAAUAAUAUUCAAGGAGGCAUCAAGAAGAUUAUAGUGCCGUUUACUGGGGACAUAUCAACUCUGGGUACUCCAAUACCGGUUCACAGUUUAUCAAGUAUUCCGCCAGGACUGUUAAUAAAGAUAAAUCUACCGGAACAAGAGCAACAGCAACAACAACAGCAGCAGCAAAAAUCUUCAACAAUAAAAAAACGGAAUAAAACAAAGAACUUAACGAAUAGUUCGAGUAAGCAGCAAAUUUGGGUGAAAGACAACAAUCAAACUUCUAUUAUUUUACAAAAUACGAAUCAAAAUGUGGACAAAAGUCUAGUGGAGCUUCUAUCGAUAUCUCCAGAACCUGUAGAGGAAAAUUUAAACUCCAAUGAAGAAGAGAUAGAUUUGCAGGAGGAAAAAAUACUUCCGCAAUCUUUGGAAAUUUUGGAGGACAAAGUUAAAAUGCAGGUGAACGAGGAACAAUAUUUUGAAGCAAAAAAUGUUACGGUGAAGAGGAAGAAGACAAAACGACGGAAAAGAAUUACGGGAACAAUGAGAAGAACGAUGAUUCCCUUAAGAAAUGAGAUCCAAUAUUUUUUGAGAAAGAUGAGACCGCUACUUCACCGAUUACCAAAUCGAGCUAGAGCAAUGGUGAAAUUAUCAAUCGUUAACAUGGUGAUUGAUCAACUCUAAAACUGUAAAAAGAUAUUAUCGGUUCUAGGAAAAUUACGAAGGGUAUUAUUAUUUUCAAGACGUAUAGGUUUAAGUUUAUGUCACCUUACCUUAAAAGAGGCAUGUUAUUUACUUUUGAAGCCUCUUUUCGUUGUCAUCGGUUAUCGAUCGGUUUAUCUACGCACCAACUUCGCGUAGACGAUUUUGUUUAUUAUCGAUUGUCAUAGAGAGUAUUUUAACAGCUUUACUUUAACAACUGUUUGACAAGUUUAAAGUUUAAAGUGUUAAAAGGGAAGAAAAGAAAGAAAAGAAAAAAAGACGCACGAAUAUCGCAAGCAUGUAUGUCCUAGUUUUAUUAAACGAAGAAUUGCCCGAAAGAUUAAAAUCUAAAUUUGUCAAAUUUUAUCAUCCAAAU